CUAAAAGCCGCGUCCCCUUUAAAUCGAAUUCCACUACGUCACGGCAUCAACGCGGAAGGUAGAGGAAAACUAGCACCUGAACAAAUCAAGCUUUGUUUACAUGUGACACGUAAAUCCGCAGAGUUGAUGCUGGAGCUCAGUGAGGAACAUGUACCCCCGCAGCGCAGCGUCGAGGGGGAUGUCAGCCUACAGUGACGGCCUCUACCCGCCGCCCCCUGUGCCCCCUGUGCCCCCUGUGUACUACGACUACAACCACCGAAGUAUGCCCGACGUCAACAGCGUCCGUGAUCCUGGUUUGGAGAGGUUGCCAGCAUAUGAAUGGAAACCUCCACCGACCCCCUCUCCAGCCCAGUACCGUCAGACACCCACCUUAACCAACAGACUCAAGAGGCAGAAUGAUGACUACAGAACCCCGGUGUUGAAGCGCCAACGUCUUGACUCCUCUCCCCACCCGUUAAUAGGCUCCCCCCUAAAUCAGGCACCUCACCCACUUCGUUCUGCCCAUGCAGGGGCGGGAUCAUCAGGAUCAGAGUUUGAUCGCUCUUAUCCUAGCCCAUAUUCCCAUCCCAGCCCACAACCACACUCCAGCCCACGCCCAAGCCGCCACCCUCAAGUGCCUGCUAUCCCAGAAAGCUCAAACAGCCUGCAGGAUUAUGUUAAGGACAAGUUGAGUGGGCAGAUGCUGGAGUUGUUUGAGGCAUGCCAACAGCAAUCUUCCGAUUUGAUCCGUAAGGAGAAGUGCCGGACACAGCUGCAGAAAGACAUACAGCGUGUCUACGCAGUGGCACGACUUUAUUUGACUGGAUCCUCUAUGAAUGGACUGGGAUGCCGGAGCAGUGAUGCUGAUAUGUGUCUUGUCAUCAAGGGAAAUAAAAGACCUGAUCCCAUUCAAGUGCUCUCUGUCCUCCAAAGGUUGUUCAGAUCACUGUCAUAUGUAGAGAGGACUCAUCUGAUCAGGGCCAAAGUGCCGAUUCUCAGGUUCAGAGAGAAAGGCAGUGAUCUGGAGUUUGAUCUGAACGUCAACAACACAGUGGGCAUCAGAAACACAUUCCUUCUGAGGAGUUAUGCCUAUGCUGAUCUCAGGAUAAGACCCAUGAUCCUUGUAGUCAAGAAAUGGGCAAAGCACAAUCAAAUCAAUGAUGCCAGCAAGGGAACUUUGAGCAGCUACACACUUGUGCUGAUGGUGUUGCACUACCUCCAGACUCUAAAGGAACCUGUCCUUCCAUCUCUGCAGAGGGACUACCCAGAGUCUUUUAAUCCCUUCAUGGACAUCGACAUGGUUCCAGAGGGACCCAAAUACGUCCCCCCAUACAGUUCCACAAACCAGUCCUCUCUGGGAGAUCUGCUUCUGGGAUUUCUCAGAUACUAUGCCACGGUCUUCAGUUGGGAUAAGCAGGUGAUCUCGGUUCGAGAGGCCAAAACUUUCCCCAAUAACAAUUCUCGUGAGUGGAGAAACAAAUUCAUUUGCGUGGAAGAGCCAUUUGAAAGAAACAAUGUCGCCCGGGCAGUCCAUGAGAAGAUGAAGUUUGAAGCCAUUAAAGCCCAGUUUGCUGAGUCAUGGCGGAUACUACGGCAGAGGAAGGACCUGAACUCGAUCCUCCCAGUCAGAGCCAUCAUUAAUGAGGAGUCUUCCAGGACAUGAGGGCUUCUUCUAAUGAGCCGAGCUGACGGGAGUCUUCUGCAUCAGAGGGACCUUUAAGGAUGUGCUGAGAGAAAAGCCCUGUUGCCUCUGCAUCUCAAAGUCAGAACACCUCUGGUAUUCUGAACUCUCUCUCUCGCUGCCUCGGUAUCAUUCACAAACUGUAGGUUUGUGGCUGUACAUAUUGAAAUACUGCACUCACUUUCAAAUGAUUUGCAGACUUUGCCAAAUUAUUCUUAUAGAUGAUAAAAAUACAAUGUUUGUGCAGUGACACCAGAGGAAGGUGAUGCUUCUACAUGGCCUUCUGUUCAAACCCACAAAGCCUUCAUGGGAAGAAUUUAAGUUUACGGACAUGAAUGAAAAUAUAUAAAAUACAUUUGGAACUUUCUCAUAUUUGAAAUUAGCUUUAUCAGAAGAAACAGCAUUUAGGUUCAACUUAUCUCAGCUAAGUUAAAUUCAUCUCAUCACAGUUUAAGCUGUAACCUCUUUGCUAGAGGUAAACUAUACAGAGACAAUUUCUAGAAGAAUCCAACAGUUUGGUUCUGCCACGUAUAAUAAGCAUUCAGUAUGUUGUCUUCAGCCUUUUGAGACCAACUUGUAAAAUCAAAGCUUUUUUUCUUCAGUUUUUAAGGUAAGCAGGGAUGCUGUUCUAUGUUUCAAACAACACACGUUCUCUCUACAGCUUCUUUUCACAGUCUAUACGUUUCUCUUCAGAAUACAGCCUUUGUUGUUAAGUGAUGGUUAAGUCAUACUAUGAUGGUCAAAUCAGGACUGGACUGGAAAUUCCCCUAUCACUGCUUCUGAUGUGUUGCACUCACGUCAUUAAUCUGGUCACUUUCCUAUACUGGGUCAUUUUAGUUCAACCGUUUCUUUCUUCCUGAAUACAGACGUGUCAUUCAUUCAUUGUCAGUUCACCACUAUGUAAGUUAUUUGUUCAUGUGCGACUUCAUCGAUCUUUGUGUUUGGGAUUUUUCUCUGUUCUAUUUGUAUAUUUUGUAAACUACUGACUUUUAAAUGUUUAUUUAAAAAAAAAAAAAAUUAAAUCUCUGAAUCUGUUUGA